GAUAAAUUGAAAUUCAAUAUUUUAGAAAAAAAAUAAAUGAUAUAAUAGAUUACAUAUUACAACAGAUUAUAAGAAUUUUAAAAUUCUUCAUUUUAAUCUCAUUAGGCUGUUCAUAUUGACUUGAGUUUCAAUUGUAUUGAUCAAGAUGCAUCAGGCUUAAGUUCUGCUUUAGUAAAUUGCACUAAUCUCUCAAAUUUGACACUUCAUCUUGGUGAAAAUGAAAUUGGUGAUUAAAGUGCAUCAGACUUAGGUUCUGCUUUAGCAAAUUGCACCAAUCUCUCAAAUUUGACACUUAAUUUAGGUGCCAAUUAAAUUGGUGCAAUUGGUGCAUCAGGCUUAGGUUCUGCCUUAGUAAAUUGCAGAAAUCUCUCAAAUUUGACACUUGAUCUAGGUAACAAUUAAAUUGGUGAUUAAGGUACAUCAGGCUUAGGUUCUGCUUUAGCAAAUUGCACUAAUCUCUCAAAUUUGACACUUAUCUUAGGUUCGAAUAAAAUUGGUAAUGAAGGUGCACCAGGCUUAGGUCCUGCUUUAGCAAAUUGCACUAAUCUCUCAAAUUUGACACUUGACCUAAGUUACAAUUAAAUUGGUGCAAUUAGUGCAUAACAAUUAGGUUCUGCUUUAGCAAAUUCCACUAAUCUCUCAAAAUUGACACUUAAUCUUCAUUUCAAUAAUAUUGGUGCAAUUGGUGUAUCAUGCUUAGGUUCUGCUUUAGCAACUUGCACGAAUCUCACAAAUUUGACACUUUACCUUAAUGAAAAUGAAAUUGGUGAUUAAGGUUCAUCAGACUUAUGUUCUGCUUUAGCAAGUUGCACUAAUCUCUCAAAUUUGACACUUGACCUAGUUUUAACCAAAUGAAUGAAUCAUAAGAAUUCAAAAUAAAAAGCAAAUGUCUUAAAUCAAAAAGAUUAGUAUUCUUUGAAAUAAUAUGAAAUAAUACUCUAAUGAUAAUAAAUAAAUGGCGAAAAAAUGAUGAAUAUAUAGUAUAUAUUUGAAUAAUAGAAUAUAAUAUGUUUUAUUAAAUUAUAUAUUGAAAAAGUUUUUUAAAUUUAGAAAAUGUUUGCAAAUUUUAUUUUUUUAUAUAUUGAGAGGAAUAUUAUUUCUACUAUUUAUUAAUUUUUUUG